AUGGAUGAAUUGCUCGAGUCGAACAAUCCUCCCCUUGAUGCCAAGCAUAUUCAGCUGGAGGGUGUUAUAGGUGAAGGCCAUUGGGUUUUAGCUGGACCACAGGAAUGGAUAACCCAGACAUGGGCUGUGCUUGAGGCACUUUUGAAUGAGGAGAGGCAUGUCAAUCACCUGAUUGAGUCCUGCAAGACAAUCCUUCACCCCAUUCUUAUGAUCCCAGAGGACAUCAUACACAAAAUCUUCUUGACACACCACUUUGAGGCAAUUGAAAGGGAAGGGAGGGAGUCAUUGAAUGGGCAGUUUGUGCUGUUGGUUCUUUCCCAUGUCUGCAGGGAUUGGAGGAGGAUUGCACUGUUGACAUCCUGGCUUUGGCCAUUCAUUAUGCUGGAUUUCAAUGUAUACAAGAAUGAGCAGGCAUGCCAGAAUCUUCUUCAGAUGUAUCUUCUAUGGUCCAUGAUACAUGAUAUCACCCUCUCCAUAUACAGUGAGAAGGAUCUUUCAAAGAGCCAUCUCACACCUGUUCUUCUCUUGAGCAUGCCAUGGUGGAUCUAUGUUUCAAUGGUCAUUCCUUAUAAUUGGCUACAUGCUUUUUCCACCACCUGA